UCUCCCCUUCCAAAUACUGGCGCUGCUUCCAGGGCCAAAACCUUCACUCCCGAUUCGACAAGUUCUGGAGCUUAUUCUUCGACUUUUGGUUCAGUGAUUUCUGUUGGAGUCAAGCUCUGUGAUGGCUUCCUUAUUCAAGGAUCAAGCCAAGCUUUCACAAUAUCGGGAUAGAAGAUUUCCUGGAUCGCAAGAGGAAUUUGAACAAGCACUUCUGGCAUCAACGACUGUUUAUAUUGGGAAUAUGUCUUUUUAUACAACAGAAGAGCAAGUUUAUGAGCUUUUCUCUCGUGCUGGAGAAAUUAAGAAGAUAAUUAUGGGCUUGGAUAAGAAUACAAAAACGCCUUGUGGCUUUUGUUUUGUCCUAUUCUAUUCUCGAGAAGAUACUGAGGAUGCUGUAAAAUAUAUAAGCGGGACUAUUCUUGAUGAUCGUCCUAUUCGUGUGGAUUUUGAUUGGGGAUUCCAAGAAGGAAGGCAAUGGGGCCGAGGGCGAAGUGGUGGGCAGGUUCGCGAUGAAUAUCGUACUGAUUAUGAUCCAGGUAGGGGUGGAUAUGGUAAAUUAGUUCAACGGGAGUUGGAAGCUCAGAGAACACUUGUAGAUUAUGGUACUGGAUCAUUGGGUUCUUUCCCUCCAGUCAUGCCACCUCCUCACUAUGGUAGACAAGGGGGAGGCAAUAAUCAUGGCGGUUCUCAUCGGCAUGGUAGAGAUUUUCAACGGAAACGACACCGUGAUGAUGAUCGCCAGUCAUAUGAGACCUCAAAGAGAAACUCAAAUUAUGAACCGCGGAAGAACUCUGAUCUUGACUCUAGACCGGAGAAAAAUCCACGGUUUCGUGAGAGUGGUGACUCUGAUGAUGAGGAAGAAGAUGGCAAAAAGCGGCGACCUUAAUCAGCAUUGCGGGGGUUGAUCAUUGGACUGACACUUUAGGGCAUUUCUGCAUGCUAUAGAGAUGUCUGAAUUGUGCCUGAACAACUUGAAGACAUUGUUUUCUUUCUUCUUUUUAUUUAUUUUAAGGCUUAGUUUCUGGAUUUAUCCUACAGAGAAGUGAUCAACUGUGUAUGUUCAAACUGAAGUAUCUUUACAAAUUAGUUAGUUGUAUGUAAACCCAGGAGCAGAUUUCACUCCACCUUUUUUCCCCAAGGGGCAAGAAAGAGGAGCCGUUGGGUGGGGUGCCUUCUAACUCAAGUUGCAGGCUAACUUUAUCAACAUUUAUAGUUGAAGUUCCUAUCGUAUAA